CUUUAUGUAACCUAAACCAGCAUCUAAGCAAGGUUUCACUUUGCCCAAUAUAUAGCUAAAAUAUUCCUCAUCUUCCAUUUAUUAUAAACACUUGAAACAAAGGUCGGUAGCAUUUUCACAAACACAAACACAAACUCAUUUGAUAACUUUACCUUUCAUCAAUCAAUACCAUGGCUGAAGCAACUGUUUCCUUUGCCUUAGAGCAACUGGGUUCAAUUCUUUUUCGGAAGACGUCUGGCUUCAUCAUAAAACUGGUGUGCCUUGUUGGGGAUGUUGAAAAGGAAGUAGACAAGCUUACCCACAAUCUUCGAGCCAUUCAAGCUGUCCUAGUUGAUGCAGAGCAAAAACAAAUGAAGGAAGAAGCUGUAAGAGUAUGGUUAUAUCGGCUGAAAGAUGUAUGCUAUGAGGUGGACGAUGUGUUGGAUGAGUGGAAUACUGCAAUCCUGAAAUUGCGAAUUGAGGCAGGUCAUGAUCAUAAUGCUCUUGUUCCUAAGAAGAAGGUGUGUUGCUUCUUUCUAUCUCCUUGGUUUGGUUUAAAAAAAGUUGUUUUACGUCGCAACAUUGCAGUUAAGAUAACUGAUAUAAAUAAAAAGCUAGAUGUUAUAGCCAAAGAGAAAAGUGAUUAUAAUCUUAAUGUGAUUUUGGCUAAUGAGAAACCUGAGAGUCAGCAAAUGCAAACUACUUCUUUUAUUGAUGUGUCUGAUAUAUAUGGCAGAGAUAAUGAGAAGAAUAAUUUAGUAAGCAAGUUAUUGUGUGAGGGUAGUGAACAAAACCUCCAUAUUAUCUCGCUUGUAGGGAUGGGGGGAAUUGGAAAAACAACUUUGGCUCAAUUUGCCUACAAUAACAAUGACGUGAAGAACAAUUUUGAUAAAAGAAUAUGGGUGUGUGUAUCAGAACCUUUUGAUGAGUUUAGGAUUGCCAAAGCAAUCAUUGAGUCUCUUGAAGGUCAUACUCCUAAUGUAGGAGAACUAGAAUCUCUUCUUCAACGUAUUUGUGACUCUAUUGAGAAUAAAAAAUUUAUGCUUAUUUUAGAUGAUAUGUGGACCGAAGAUUACAAGAAAUGGGAACCAUUCUAUAAUUGUCUAAAAAAGGGUUCUUGUGGAAGUAAAAUUUUAGUUACCACACGUAAAGAGUCAGUUGCACGUAUAACGAAUUCAAUUAAUAUUAUCAAUGUCAGUGAAUUAUCUGACGAGGAGAAUUGGUCAUUGUUUAGAAAGCUAGCUCUUUCUGAAAGACCUCCUGAUGAGUAUGAAAAUUUAGAAGAGAUUGGUAGGGAAAUAGUUAAGAAGUGCAAGGGGUUACCUCUUGCUACAAUAACUAUUGGGAGGUUGUUGCAAUUUAAAAAAUCUAAAGAGCAAUGGCAACGUGUUUUAGGUAGUGAACUGUGGAAGGUUGAAAAUGUUGAAAAGGGUCUUUUAACCCCUUUGAUGUUGAGUUAUAAUGAUUUACCUCCAAUGGUGAAGCAGUGUUUUGUAUAUUGCUCUAUAUUUCCAAAAGAUUACGAUUAUAUGUUUAAAAAAACAUUAAUUGACUUAUGGAUGGCUCAAGGUUAUCUUGGGUUAGAAAAAGAUGAUCAGAAUGUAGAGAUAAUUGGUGAAGAGUAUUCUGACUAUUUAGUGACGAGAUCUCUUCUACAAGCAAAUGGAUCUUAUAAGUAUAAAAUGCAUGAUAUAGUGCAUGAUUUUGCACAAUUUUUGGGUAACAAUGAAUGUUUAUCUGUAGAAGUCUAUGGUGUUGAAGACCCACUUGCAAACUCUUCUCACGACAAAGUUCGUCAUCUAAUGUUAACUCUUAAUGGAAUUGGAACUUCAUUUCUUGAAUCUACUUGUAGAUUAAAAUGGUUACGUAGUCUCUUACUUACAUGUGGAAAUGUUGACACAAAUUGCUUGACCAGUGAUGUUUUAGCAAGGUUAUUUACUGAAUUGACAUGUUUACGGGCAUUAAAGUUGGAUGCUAAAUUUAAUUUUGAAGAAAUUCCAAAAGAGAUAGGAAAAUUGAUACGUUUAAGGCAUCUUGAAUUGUGCGACCAAUCUUUUGGAAAAAUAAUAAAAUUUCCUGAAAGUUUGUGCGAAUUAUAUAAUUUACAUACUUUAAGGUUUGUGAGUCCUUCGGUCGAAACUUUACCCCAAGGGAUUGAAAAAUUAGUCAAUUUAAGGCGUUUGGAAUUUGACACUUUGCGUUGUGGACUACUUUACAUGCCGAAAGGGGUUGAGAAAUUAACAGGCCUUCGAAGAUUAAGUGGAUUCGUCAUACGAGGUGGUGGUGAUCAUGAUAACAAAGCCUGUAGUUUUGAAGGACUGAAAAAUUUGAAUCGUCUUGAAGGGAGCCUUACAGUAAGAGGGUUGGGAAAUUUAACAGAUGUGAGUGAUGGUAAACUAACAGAAGUACUUAAAAAUGAGGAAAAACUCCAUCAGUUGAAUUUGGAAUUUGAUAAAAGUGAAGAAGGGGAGAGAUUAGGUGAUGAUGAUGAACUAAUACUUAAAACCUUGCAACUGCCACCAAAUUUAGAGGAUUUAUCGAUAUGGUACUACAGAGGCAACACAUUUCCCUCCACUUGGACGACUUUAACCAAACUGAAGGUGUUAAGGCUUCGCGUUUGCUCCAACUGUAAGCAUUUGCAUCAUUUGGGAAAUUUGCCACUCCUGGAAUUACUAGAUUUAAUGGCAAUGUCCAGUGUGAAAAAAGUGGAUGACAAUUUUUGGGGAAUAGAAAGUGAGACCUCAUCAUCAUCUUCAUUGUGUGUUCACUUUCCCAAGUUGAAAGAUUUCAGAUUUUGGUACACCAGAGAAUGGGAAGAGUGGGAUUGCAAGGUGGAGGAAUUCAUGCCAUGCCUUGCUAGUUUGAGAAUUGUACUGUGCCCCAAGUUAAAGGCACAGCCAGACAACCUUCUGCAGAGGACAACACUCAAGCGAUUGGAUUUUAGUCAAAGUCCUAUUCUAACUGAACGAUACAACAAGGAAACAGGAGAGGACUGGCCCAAGAUCUCUCACAUCCCUUAUAUCGAGAUUGAUUGUAACCGUGUGCAACAUGAGCAAUAACCAUCACCUGAGAAGCCACAGCCUCCGAAGAAAUUUCCUUCUUGGUUUCAGAUUGAGGCAAACUUUGUACUCUCAAGGAAGCAAUGAAACAAGAAAACAGGUUAUUGGUAAUUGACAUUCUAUAUAGUUAUUUAAUGCUUCAUUUCAAAUGUUGUGCUUGAUAAUGAUUAAUGUUACGGGGGUGGGGAAGAUUCACUUUAUAUGAUUACAAUGUAACCUGUUUGAUCUCUGCUUUGAUGUCCCAUGUAAGCUCUCCCUUUUAUUAUAUAUAUGUAUUUUUUACAUGUCUGGGGAAAAUUCAGUUGUCAUCCCAAACUAGCACCUUUAAUUUUGAAUUAGGUGGAGAGAGGAAGUUUAAUGCUUUGUCGCUUUCUAAUUUACUUUAUUCUUCUGGGAUGAGGUCUUUGGGAAGAUUUGCAGUUUUUAUGUUCAUCAGUUAUUCUUUCUCCCUAACAAUGAUGGGAGAUGGAAGAAUAGAAUUGGAUACUGCUACGUGCUACAUUUCCCAAUCAAUGGCAGUUUAUAAAUUAUGCAGCUUUUGUGUGGAGUAAAUUCUCCAAUGAGAUUCUAUUGAGGCUUGCUUUCCAUCUUCUGAGUUCAAUUUUCAUUGGAGUUUGUUGAACUUUGGUUGGCCUAUAUAGGUGAGUGUCUAAUCAAUCGUGGAAUGCUCGAUUAGGACUACUGCCCCAAGUUUCUUCGACGAGAACACUCCAAGGCUUAAAUGUUGAAAGCUGUUUUGAAUGGCUGAGAGAAAUGAGGAUGGAGCUGGGAAACUUCUGCAACAGGGUCCCUUCCUCAGAUCCUGCUGCUGGCCUUCUGAUUCUGCCUGAUUUUUUCUUUCAUGCUUGUCCAGCGAAUUUCUUCUGGGAACCAUAUUUCUGCAACUGGACAGCCUCCGAUCUACCUUUCCCCUCAGAACUGGUUGCAAUUUUUGUAGGAUGGGGCAGACCUGGUUGGGCAGGAAGGACAGCAGGAUUUCUCCCAGCACUGGAGACUACCGCAACUUCAGUUUCUGCACUCAUACUUUCCAGGUUCUGACAUCCCCAGCCACGACUUUCUGUGCAGGAUUUCAAGCUUUUGCUAGACGACAUUGCUGCAACCUUCUGCAAUCUAUGACAUGUUGCUCUGGCUGGGAUCUCUGUUCAAUUGCGCCCAGAAUAAAUUUUGUUCCCCGCAGUUGCAGACUCCCUCAUUCAAGAGACAUACUGGCCUGGUUAUGUUAAGUUGCUGCUACAACUGGAUUCACUUCUCCUUGUAUGCCACCGGUGGCACCCUUUACAAGCUUAAGCCUUCAAGAUGCUAUCUUCCAAACAGGCUGUUGCCUCAGAUCAUUUCCAGUACCUAUAAUCUGCUUGGCCUGGCUUUACUCCCAAAAGCCCUAAGCAAUGUCAAUUGCCAAGAUAUGAAACUCAUGCCUGUUUUGUGUGCUAUUCACCAGGGUGUAGUUCAGAGUUUGUAUAGCACUAGAUUUGGACUGGCAUAUCAUUUACAUGUUAUGUUUUUGGUCUUUGUGUAGCUGUUAGCUCUUGUUGGGCCAACUUUUUUAUCUCUAUCUCUGUAGGAACUUUGAUAGGCAUUUGUUGCAAACUUGAAUGAAUAGAUUACAGUCCUUCUUGCUAUUGGUUCCA